GAGAAUGUCCACAAAACAGUCUGGCAUGAUUCCACUGCAGUAUUCCGUACUUCCGUACGCAAUAUUCCGUACAGCCCCCUGGAUCCCCGGCAUGACAGCCAAGCACGGCAGGGGCCGCAAAGGCCAAAUUCGGACCCCGACUUCCCAGAGCGACGACCCGUGAGACGGAAUCACAUUGGCGUUGUUGGGGGGGACCUGCUGUGAAGGAAACAGCACCGAAACACUUGCUGUACUGUGUAUGGAGUAUUCCGUACACAAGUGCAGCGAAGGCCGGCAAAACCCGGGCCAUCGUGCCUUCGUUCAACGCAUAAACACCCCAGCAAAGCCGGACUCGAUGGCUCAGUUGAUGAGUCAAAGGUCGGCGGCUCGCCGUGCUUGACCGAAGGCUCCCAGAAAGCGCGCACGCGAUUGUUCGGAGUCAUUGCCGCUUCCGUCCGCUGGCUCAGAGUUGCAACGGUUUCAAUGCCCUUUUGGGCGAUAGCCGACGACCUUGAUCUCAGUUUCAACCUCCAAACGCGUCGAUCGCGCGUGCGCCCUACUCUGCACUCGACGACGGUCAAGAGCCCCUUUCCGGAAACGACCCGGAUCCCUGGGACCACACAAGGGCGAGCUCGUCCGGGAUGCAACGCGCCGAAUCAUGCAGGAGACGUCAUCCGUGCUCAGCGGUCGAAUGGGAGGCAGGGGGAGCAGUCUUCGGCCGAAGCGAGGGCAAGGCGGUUGGUCGCGGCGACACGGGACGGAGAUUUUCGAUACCAUAAAAAGAACACACGGCAUCCCGGCGGCUCGGUCCCGGCCAGUGACUGGGCGGCGGCGGCUGACGGGCGAAACGCCGCACCCCGAUCGGACCGGAUGCCCUCCGCGCAGCAUGGCCUCUCCGCCGGCCACUCAGACAGACGCACGCAACUGCGCGAGUCCGAUCGGGGCGCCCAAUUGUGGCAGCCAGCAAAAAGAAAAACGGACGCGCUCAUGAUCCGUUUCGAGGUUCUGCAUGGCUUGCCGCCGGAGCGGCGCUUACAGACCUCGGCGCUUCCAGAUGCCACUCGUCGCGGCGCUUCUAUUGGCCGGUGCCUCCGCGCGUAUGACGGGCAUCGCCCGCCGCCAUCGCGACAUUGGACGACCUCGCUCCCGUGGGUUCUAAAUCGGGAGCAGAAGCACGUUUCGAAACCCCGGAGAAACAAUAAAAAUAAGCUCUCCUGGUGAUAUCAUUGCAUGCGCCUGGUGGACUCGCCCAGUGGCCGCCAAGACCGCGUAUCCCCCAUGUCCACCGCCCCCCCUUUCCCCC